AUGACCAUAAAUGAACAGAACGUCAGAGACAUUCUGUCCUUUAGAGAAGAGGAGGAGAAAAACCUGCUGUGUGACCUGCGUCCACUGACGGGAACAGAAGCACCACGAGCCAAAGGUCUGGGACUGGAAACGGCUGAGGACGUGGAGGAGCAGUGGCGGCUGCAGCAGGUGGAGGACGUCCUGACCCGGUUCCUGGUGGGCCUCCAGACCCAGACCCAGACCCAGGAGCUGCAUCAGCGCUGUCUGUCUGAGUUCACAGACAGGAUGAAGGAGCAGGCCCAGCUCAUCCAGAACCAGCACCAAAAGGAGAGUCAGGAGAUGCAGGACAAGGAGCAGUGGUACCAGGAGAACCAAGUGAACCUGAAUCUGCAGGAGGUUCUGGAUUACCACAGCUACCAAGAAGACAAGAGGAAGAACAUAGAGCUGAUCAAGACACGCCUCCAACUGCACAAAGUGUCAUCUGCUCAGAAGUCUGUGUUUGUGGAUGAGAAGCUGAGAACAGAGCUGAAGAGCAGAGGCAGGAGCUCUGAGCUGUGA